UGUGUGUGUGUCAUGCAAAAUAAUAUAUUUAUAUGUAUUUUUUUUAUUCAAAUCCCAAAAGUACCAUAUUCCGAUGACGCAAGGGUAGCUUUCCUUUCCAUGGAUUCUUUUCACUUGCCUUUCUUACUGUUUCUCUGAAAGAACAGAACCCCAAAAACCCCUCUAAAACCACCUGCUGCUGAUCGCCGAUUAUCAUCUUUCUCUUCGAAAAUGGCGGUAGAACAGAGAGACACAGCCACCGUCCGAGUCUCAAACAUUCCCCGAUCAGUCACUGCCAAAGACCUCCUCGACUUCCUCGAACGCCACACCGGAAAAUCCACGGUAUUCGCCUGCGAAAUCUCUUCCGAUCACAAGAACUGGAAGUCCAGAGGCUUUGGUCGUGUCCAAUUCGAAACCCUAGGAUCCAAAUCCAAGGCGAUGUCCCUUUCCCGACAGGGUGCCCUCUGCUUCAAGGGUUUCAACCUCUCCCUCUCUCAUUCCCUCGAUGACGUCAUCUUCCGGCCGGUAGACCCCCAUAAUCGGUUCGAACAAGGCUUUUUGCGAACUGGGUUGUUGCCAAAAAUGGAUUGCAUGUGUGUCUUGGAGUCCUGGGAAGGUGUUAAAACUUAUGUUUUGCCCGAAAGGAAGAGUCUUGAGUUUUGGGUGACACAUUCUGGGGAUUUUUAUAGGUUAGAGUUGCAGUUUAGUGAUGUUCUGGAGGCAUCUCCUUGCUGUAUUGAUAGCGAAGAACCCAUUGCAGUGCUUCUAAAGCUCAAACAUGCUCCAAAGUUAUACCAGAGACUAUCAGGAUCCAAAGUCUCACCAAGGUUCACCUCCGAUCGCUACCAUAUCUGCAAGGAAGAAUUUGAGUUCACAUGGGUUCGAACCACAGAUUUCUCCAGCAAGAAAUCCAUCGGUCAGUCAUCUACAUUAUGUUUGGAGUUCAAACAUGGAUCUCCAGCCUUAGAUAGCUUCAAAACUUUGCCUUUUUAUAUCAAAGAUCUGAUAAAGUUGUCAAUGAGAGAAGGCCAACAAUUUCAUACUUCAUCUGACAUAGUCCCCCUCAUAAAAUGUCCACCAGAGUUGAACUUACCAUACGAGAUCCUCUUUCAACUCAACUCUCUGGUUCAAACUCAAAAACUAAGUCUUCCUUCAGUAGAUCAUGACCUAAUCGAGUUCAUAAUCAGUCAAGAUUCAGAGUCCAUCAUGACUAUUUUAAAGAGAAUGCAUAAAUCUCAUGUCACUUGCUACAACCCCAUCGAGUUCAUCAAAGAAAAGCUCGACACCAAGGGUAAAACCGUCAAAAUCCCAGAUACCAAAUCAACAAAUCAAAACAAGAUUAUGAGCAUUCAUAGAGUUUACAUCACCCCAUCAAAGAUUUACUGCUUGGGUCCUGAACUCGAGGCCUCAAAUUACAUAGUUAAGCAUUAUUCGGAAUAUUCUUCUGAUUUUCUAAGAGUAACAUUUGUUGAUGAAGAUUGGGGUAAAAUUCAGCCAAAUGUCAUCUCAAUAAACCUCCAACAAGGAAUCUUCGCGAAGUCUCACCAUACCAAGGUGUACCAUCGCACACUUGAUAUUAUGCAAAACGGGGUUACAAUAGGAUCAAAACAUUUCGAAUUUUUAGCAUUUUCCGCAAGUCAACUCCGGUCAAACUCUGUAUGGAUGUUUGCUUCUAACAAACACGUGACAGCAGAAAGUAUAAGAAAAUGGAUGGGGUGUUUCACAAGUAUAAAAAGUGUAUCAAAAUGUGCUGCAAGAAUGGGACAAUUAUUUAGCACAUCCAAACAAACAAUCGAAGUGUUACCACAUCAUGUUGAGGUAAUUCCCGAUAUCGAAGUCAAAACCGAUGGUGUUGACUAUUGUUUUUCAGAUGGAAUUGGGAAAAUUUCUCUUUCUUUCGCAAAAGAAGUUGCUUCAAAAUAUGGAUUAAAGCAUACCCCUUCAGCUUUUCAAAUCCGAUAUGGUGGAUAUAAAGGCGUCAUUUGUGUUGACCGAAAUUCAUUCAAGAAACUAUCUUUACGUAAAAGCAUGCUCAAAUUUGACUCUAAAAACCGAAUGCUUAAUGUCACAAAACAUAGCGAAUCUCAAUCUUGUUACUUAAACCGUGAAAUUGUUACCCUUUUCUCAACUUUGGGUGUGAAAGAUGAUGCUUUUUUGGCAUUACAAGACUUACAACUUAAAGUUCUAAACGCGAUGUUGUAUAGUCGAGAAGAUGCACUUGUGGUUUUGGAUGGUUUGGGGAAUUAUGAUGUGAAAGAUAUUCUUGUAAAGAUGUUGCUUCAAGGUUAUGAGCCGAAUCAGGAACCAUAUCUUUCAAUGAUGCUUCUUUCUCAUCAUGACAAUUUGCUUUCAGAUCUUAGAACGAGGUGUCGGGUUUUUGUCCCAAAAGGGCGGAUUCUUGUCGGGUGUUUGGAUGAAUCCGGGGUUUUGGAUUAUGGACAAGUUUAUGUUAGAAUCACAUUGACAAAGUCGGAAUUGCGAUUCCGGGAUCAAAAGUUUUUCAAAAAGAUGGAUGAGGCUACAUCAGUGGUGAUGGGGAAAGUAGUGGUUACAAGAAAUCCGUGUCUUCACCCUGGAGAUGUGAGAGUGCUUGAAGCUGUUUAUGAGAUUGCAUUAGAUGAGAAAGAUUAUAAAGAUUGCAUUGUGUUUCCUCAAAAAGGAGAGAGGCCUCAUCCGAAUGAAUGUUCUGGUGGCGAUCUUGAUGGGGAUUUGUAUUUUGUUAGCUGGGAUGAAUCUUUAAUCCCACCUCGAACCGUGACUCCUAUGGAUUACACUGGUCGAAGACCACGUUUGAUGGAUCAUGACGUUACGUUAGCGGAAAUCGGGAAGUUUUUUGUGGAUUACAUGACAAGCGAUACACUUGGAGCAAUCUCGACUGCACAUUUGGUUCAUGCAGAUCGGGAACCCGAGAAAGCAUUAAGCUCAAAAUGUCUCCAAUUAGCUACACUUCACUCAAUGGCAGUUGAUUUUGCCAAAACAGGAGCACCAGCCGAAAUGCCUAGGGGUUUAAGACCACAUGAGUUCCCUGAUUUCAUGGCGCGGUGGGACAGACCCAUGUACAUCUCCCAAGGCCCACUCGGGAAACUUUAUCGUGCCACAAAAGAAUCCGAGCAUCUCAAAAACUCGGCUUCUGCUUAUUCAACGGAAUCCAUUCAAGAUUCUUACGAUCAAGAUCUUGAAGUCAACGGCUUUAAGGAGUUGACCGAGAUGGCAUUGAUGCACAAAGAGAUGUAUCUUGAUGCUUUAACUAGUUUGAUGAAUUAUUAUGAAGCGGAAACUGAAGAUGAGAUUUUGACGGGUAAUAUACGGAAUAAGUCAUCAUAUUUGCAACGGGAUAAUCGGAGGUAUGGAGAGACAAAAGAUCGGAUUUUGGUGGCGGUUAAGAGUUUGCAUAGGGAGGCGAGAGGGUGGUUUGAGGGCGCGUGUAAGGCGGAGGAUCACCAGAAAUUGGCGGCUGCAUGGUAUCAUGUUACUUAUCAUAGGGAUUAUUGUAAUGGAAGUGUGAAAUGUUUGGGGUUUCCAUGGAUUGUGGGUCAUAUUUUGUUGGAGAUUAAGUCGAUUAAUGGUAGGAACAUGUUGAUGUGAAGAUUGGUAUUGUGAAAUGUGACUUUUGUAAUGUGUUUGUUGGAUUGAAACUGAAUUUGAUUAUGUUAGCUCUCAGUAAAUUGAUGGGUCGAUUUGUAUUA